AUGGUUGGUGAUUCCCAAAUCGUUCAAGAUCUUCUAUCAACCGUUGGUUAUGCUGUUGAGCUUCCUGAAAUACACAUUGAUCCUGUUACAGGACUAAGUGGAAGUGGACCAUCUUAUGGAUUUGCUAUAAUUGAAGGGUUGUCUGAUGGCGGAGUUAAAUUGGGAUUACCAAGAGAUCUCUCAAUGAAAUUAGCAGCAAUGACUUUAUAUGGUGCUGCAAAAAUGUUUUUAGAGACCGGUGAACAUCCAGCAAUACUUAAAGAGGCUAUCCAAAGCCCUGGUGGGAGCACAAUUUUUGGCAUGCACGAAUUAGAAAAGGGUGGAUUGCGCGGUCUUUUAAUCAAUGCAGUCGAAGCUGGAGCCGAGCGUUCCCGACAUAUGGGCCAAACUUCUUUGCCACAUAGCCGAACGUCUGUAAUUUAUCGCAGUGAAAUUUAA